CCCCCUCCUCCUCCUCCUUCUCAGCAACAAAUUAAACGAAAACCUGUUCAAUUACAGUCACCAACAACGAAUGUCUUUCUUAGUUCACAAAUGAAACAAAGAAAGGAAACAACAUUACCCGAACAGAAACAACAAUGGCAGCCACAAAGGCACCUUCCUCCUUCUCAAUAUCAAUCUAGACCAAAAAAGAAAGUGACAUUUGUAGAUACUCCAGAGGUUUAUAUAUAUGAGCCCUUAGAGAGUGAAGAAGAACUACUGUUAGAAGAGGAUGAUGAGAACGAAGAAUUACUAGGAACAAUAGUAGACAAUGAAGAGGAAGAGGACUAUAAUAAUAAAAAUACUUUAUCCCAGUCACAACAGCAACAACCAUCAAUAUAUUAUCGUCCAACCUUAAUAGAGGAUAAUGAAAUAGAGGAAAAUUAUUAUAAUGAUAAUGAGUAUUAUACCCAUCAAGAGCUUCAUGAUCAUUAUCAGCGUAACAAUCAUUUAUACUCUACAUCUCCUAAUUUAAAUAGCAGAAGAAGGAAUAUAGUGACUAUGGCUUAUCCCAAUAAUGGUCAUCAUUACUCUCAGUAUGUUAAUGACCACCUUCUUUAUGCUAAUUCUUCACCUUUUUAUUAUGAUAAUGGAGAGUUAGAAGAAGAAGAAGAAAAUUAUGGUGAUUUAUGGAAAAGACGUGAUUUAAUACGAAGACGGCAUUCAAAAUAUAGAUCCAGAGCAUAAUAUACACAUAUAAUAAAACUUCUUAAUUUAAGUAUAAUACCAUUUAUUAAAAAAAAAAAAAAAAACG